AUCCGGCCUAUUGAACAGAACAAAAGGAAGAGAGUUAUCAUUUCCACAAAAAGUGAAACCGCCAGCGGUCCCGUGACCUCGGAGAUGGUAAGUGGGGUCUUUGAAUGAACUGUCACCACUUUGUAGAACCGGUGACCUCUUGAUGUCUCGACGCAGAGGUCGGUCAGGUGUUCGAACGAUGGGCCGACAAAGUUCUGUCUUCCAGGAUGAUCAUGCCCAACCGUCAACAACUGGACACCAAUCAACCCAUCACAACAUUUGGUCUUCGUCUACGUCGAGAAGAUUGAAGGAUCUCUUCCGUCCAAGUUCAUUUCUCCGAGUCUUCACAUCCACCGGUCAUUCCCGGAAUUGGUCGGCUGCGUGUGUAUGCUCGAAGGAGCACUCGCGCUUUCGAACGAAGUUCCUAAAGUGUCUGCACUCCGCCUCACGGAGAGAAUUCGCUUUGCCAGGUCGAAGCAAACGUCGACAAUACCGUCCCGUCCCCUCUGCCUACCUUCUUCCAUACACCAAAAUGGAAGCAAAUAGACGUACCUCAUCGAUGCUCUCGUUCUCCCAGCACCUCGGGCCAGUCACCAGAUCGAUCAGCAUCCGAUGCCCACCCGUCUGUUGCACAUCCCUUCUCUGUUUCUACACAAGGUCAGCAUAGACUUUUCCUCUUCUCCCCGCCGCCGCCGCCGAUUCUCUCUCCCUCACGCACACACGCAAAUCAUUCAAUCAAUCUAUCAGUCGAUCGGAUCAGCUCACGGUUUCGAACGAGAAAACGUUCUCCCUGAUUCGCUAGCGAUCAUGACAGCUCCAUCGCCAAGAGAAAGUUAGGACACGUACACCUUUUCUCAAUCUAGGCGCUCGUCGUCGAUCUGCUCCAAGUCUGCCACUGCUCACAGAAUUAGUGACACGACGAACGAACGAAGGGCAUUCUGAAGCGAGCGGAUCGUCGAUCGUCGUCGUCUGGCUGCUGCUGCUGCUGCGGAGGCCGAGCUGUCGUAUCUCGGACACGAGUCGCACCUCGUCGCAAUCCGGGCACUACCACAACCGAAUGAAAAGCGAGUCAGCUCGAUCUCU